AUGUCAAUCAAAGAUUUGAAUGAAUUGCUUUUCGAUAGAUUUAGCUAUGUAAAUGAGAUUAUGAAACUUCGAAAAGAUCUCAAUUCCAAAUUAUCAUUGGCAAAUGUAUGUAUCUCGAAAGCCAAGUAAGUUUAUUUAAAGAUUUUUCAAAAAAUACAGGGUGACCAGAAAUUAUCCGUGCAAACUCAACCGGCCGUGAAAUAUUUAAAAACAUGAUAUUUUCAACAAAUUUUUUGAUUGAGCACCAAUCAAUAGAUAACUAUUUUAAAAUUAUCACAAAAAUCGUGAUCAAAUUGAAAUCUUACUUGGACCUUGAGCGCCUAAUGUUGAUGUGUCAAAAAUUGGGCAAAGAGCCGCGGCUAGUGGUGUUAACAAUGUUGCCCCAUUUUUCGCUUCAACAACUGUGUAAAUUCUCAAAACUAUUUUCACUUGUUCCUAAAAGGAUCUUAGACGACUUCUUCUGCCUUUGCCAAAAUGAAAUUAAAUUUUCCGACUUUGGGGAUGGUUUGGGCGGUCAUGACUCCCUCGGCCCCUUGUUUUUUACUGAUAAAAGUGUCAAAACCAACAACGAUUCACAACAAACGAUCAUAUUUGAACAUUUUCAUGUUUUCUCAGUUUAAUCUAACUUAAAAAUAUUCAUAAGACCAAUAAAACUGAUGAAGACCUAACAUUUGGACCAAAACCAAAAAUUUACUUUCGCGAAAAAAAAUUUUUCUUUUUUUUUUUCAAUUUAUUUGGGCCUCUGAAGCUCAUCGAAUCUCAGUCCGCAAGGUUACUUGGAGUUGUAAUUUUUGAAAAAUAACAUCAUUAGAAGAUAUCUUACUCAUUUCAUAGUUGUAAAAAUACAAUUGGAGUUUUCCAUGUACUAAACAAAGUCAAAACUCCACGCGGCCUUUCUCACUAUUUUAGAAAUCUGGUUAAAGGCCCAGAAAGCCCUGAAAAAAAUCUUAAAAUCAACAUUCGUGAUAAUUUUGGAAUUAUUAUGCAUUUAUUAUUGUUAACAAAAAAUUUCUUUGAAAAAUAUCCAAUUUCGAAGUUUUUAUGACCGGUUUAGUUUGCACGGAUAAUUUCUGGUCACCCUGUAUUUGUUAGAAAAUAAUUAUAUGUUUUUCAGAACUACCAGAGGGAUAUCAUUAUUCAGUGUAAAUUCAAUCGAAACCCAUGACUUGGAACCAUCAGUCUUUGUAAAUAUUGAAAAUGAUGAAUUCAAACGUGAAACUGAAAAGAAUGAGGAAGAGAGCGAGGUGAAGAAUCGAAAAUCUGGGGAAACUGAAGAAGUCAAGGAGGAGAAGAAGGCAGUGUCAACCAAGGGACAAUUCAGACCAUUUGGAGUUUUGGAGCCAACUUCUGCUAAAGAUGCGAGACAACAAAUGGGAGAGAGUAUUGAUGUAAGUGUUUAUUUAUUUUUUCUGGGGGAAACAAACUAAAUUUAAAACAUAGUUAUUGUAAUGUGUAAGCUCUGAUUCUUGCUAGUUUUGGCAGUCGAACAUCCACAUUAUGCCAAUUUUCUUCUCUUUUCACGCCUUCGUAUAACUCUUUGAUGAGAAUUGAGAAUCGAUCAUUUUCUGGGAUUUGAGAGAUAAGCUUUGUGACAUCAUAUAAAGUAUCUUUGGGAAUAUUUCGAUAGAAUUCGACAUCUUCAUAAACCAAUUUCAAUUGAUAAAUAUCUCUAGACCUUUUUCUUCCAAUAAAUCUUGCCCUAAAAUGUGGUCCAGGCAUAUUCGAAUAAUCUGGCAACUCUCUUUCUUCUUCUAAAUCCAAUGAAUAAUCAUCUUGAAGUCCUUGGGGAAAACUUUCGAAUUCAUCUCGAAGCCCUUCCAUCGUUGAGGGAAAGUCUUGUCGUUUCAAAAAUUCUCGAAAUCGUUGAAAUGCUUCGACUGUUCUACGUCUACCGUAUUCUUCGGUUAGAAUUAUUGCUCUUGCGCGAUAUCUAUCCAUAAAGAAAUUUUCGGCGACUGAUAGUGGCGUUCUUCGAGCUGCUGGAUUGGCUUCGUUGAUUGUGAAGUUGAAAAGCGGAUUGAACUGGAAUUUAGUUGGGAAAAAUUAUGAUAAAAUCCUAGGGAUUAUCGGUAUUUUGGGCUUUUCGACGUCAGAACUUUUUUCACAAAAUUUCUUUAAUUUAUGACGUGGCAAAGUUAUAUUUAUUGAAAAUCAGGAACUUGUCAAGAUUUUUCCAGAAAAAAUUGAAUUUUUUUUCAGAUUUUAAAAUUUUUUUAAAAAUCGGGCUCAAAAAAAAUUAAAUUUUGAAUCUCUAAAAAUUUGUUUGAAAAUAUUUUUUUGUAGGAAAAAUAUUUGUAGAAUCAUUUUUUCUUUAAAAAUCAGAGCAUUUUUUUUUAAAUCAAAAAUGAUUUUUUUCCAAAACUCACCACUUGAAACAAUUUAUCCUUAUAACAAAUCUCUCUUAUAUGCCAACAUGGAUCAGACAUCAAAGUAGUUAUCUGCAUUCUUUUUCAAAUGAACUCAAACAAUAUCAGUUUAUCAAAAAAGUAUAACAAAAUAAUGAAACUAGGAUGGUUUCCAUAGAGAUUGAGAACUACAUUUUUUAAGCAAAAGCUGCUUAUUAAACCGCACACGCACUAUAUAAUCUUUUUUUUUUCAGAUUCUCUGCCGCAUUGCCACAAUUCAACAAAAAAUCAACAAGAUCGAUGAGGAAUUCAGUGCAACCCUCAAACAUGAGGAAGUUAUCAAACAGUUACGCAAGUUGUAUGUAUAA